ACCAAGUUUUUACCCUCCCAAACCAUUUGAAAACCCCAAGAAAGAGACUCUCUCUCAGUCUCUCUUUUUGCCCUUGAUGAACUCAACUUUGAUUCCUCAUCAUCACCCCCAAAUCCCAAUUUUCUUUUUAUAACUUAAUUUAACAACUCACUGUAACAAAAUAAAAAUUACUCACAUUUCAUUUCCCUUUGCUUCUCCAUAGUCUCCAACUUUAAACACAAAAAUCAAAUAAAAUUAUAGUUGGGUUUUGAACAGUUUGUAUAGUAGUGCAUGAUUCAAUUAUUUUUGGGGUAAAAUCAAUCUAAAAAAAUGGAGAUUUUGUCAGAUUCCACCCAAAUUUUUUAUUUUAUGUUUGUUGGUAUCUGAUAAUUACUGUGUUUUAGAUCUGUUUGGAGCUGUGCUGGAUCCACUGCUUUAUUCUGAAGGUCAGAUCAUCACAUUUUUUUUAUUGCUUAAUAACUGUUUAUGUAUCAGUUUAGUUCAGUUGCUUGAACUGGGUUUCUGGGUGUUCAAUCUUUUUUCUAAAGCAUGAUAAUUUGAUGAUGUAUAGUUACUUGAAAAGUUACAAGGUGGUUGGGGUGUUUAAUGGGUUUCUUAGAUUUUGUUUGAUUUUUUUCAUUUUGUAUGUCUUUAUGGUGCAAAAUGAGAUAAGCCCUCCACAUAAGAGGUUCUUCUGUAACUAUUAUAAUUGGUGAAGUGUGUGCGUGUGCGUGUGUGUAUAUACAUACGCGAAAUGGGUAAUGGCACUUCUCGUGUCGUGGGUUGUUUUGCGCCGUUUAAUGGAAAAAAUGGUGUUGAUUUGGAGUUUUUAGAGCCUCUUGAUGAGGGUUUAGGCCAUUCAUUUUGUUAUGUUAGGCCUUCUAUUUUUGACUCUCCUGCCAUUACCCCGUCGAACUCUGAGAGGUAUACAGUUGAUUCCAGCACUCUAGAUUCGGAGACGUUGAGCGGGUCUUUUCGACAUGAUGCUAUAGAUGAUCCGUCUGGUUUUCAUAGACCAAUCAAGGCUUUCCCUGAGACUACAUUUAAAAGCAUUUCGGGUGCGUCAGUUAGCGCUAAUGUUUCGACUGCUAGGACUGGUAAUCAGAGUGCCUCUUUUGCUAGCGACAUGCAAGAGCCUGCUGCAUCAUUUGAGAGUACCUCCUCAUUUGCUGCUAUUCCUUUGCAGCCAGUGCCCCGUGGCUCUGGACCUCUAAAUGGGUUCUUAUCCGGGCCUCUUGAGAGAGGUUAUGCUUCAGGUCCUUUAGAGAGGGGAAGUGGUUUCAUGUCUGGACCUAUUGAGAAGGGGGUAAUGUCUGGUCCUCUUGAUGCUGCUGACAAAUCUAACUUUUCUGCUCCCCUUGCACGCGGCCGUAGAAAACCCCGGUUCCAGCAAUUUGUGAGGAGUGUGAGUGGACCAAUGAGAAGCACUUUAUCUCGGACAUUCUCAAAACAUUCUAUUGGAACAGGCUGGAUGCAAAGGCUUUUCUUGCAUCCAGUUACCCAAUUGGCUUGGCAUGUUAGGGAUCCAAAGCUCCGACCAGAGGCUUCUAGGAAUUUGGAAGGAGCGUCAUCAGAAGGGGAAUAUGUCAAUAGUCGUAACUUGCAAUGGGCUCAUGGAAAAGCUGGUGAGGAUAGGGUUCAUGUUGUGCUUUCCGAAGAGCAAGGGUGGUUGUUUAUUGGCAUAUAUGAUGGAUUUAGUGGCCCAGAUGCACCAGAUUUCGUCAUGAGCCGUCUUUAUAGAGCUAUAGACAAAGAAUUGGAAGGAAUCCUAUGGGACUAUGAAGAUAAUUCUGCAAAUGAUUCAAAGAAACAUGAAUAUUCUGAGAAUGUAAAUGUGGAGGUUGGUUCUGAAUAUCAGAAGGAAAAUCAGCCUGAAUUAAGUCAAGAAACUUGUAGUAUAGGAGAAUCCUGUAGUACAGGAGUUGUAGGAAAUCAAUGUUGUAAUUGUGAAAUAGUAGAGGAAAGUAAUGAUGUUAGGAGCAGUCAGCAGCAAUCGCUUAACUGUGAAAAGCCCACUGUCUCUGGUUCUGCUUCUGUUCCAACGGCCAACAUUACUGGCCAAGGAAGGAAAAGUAUGCGGCUGUAUGAGCUUCUGCAAUUGGAAUCAGGAAAUGGGCGCGCUUUUGUCUCAAUGUCACUGGAUGAGAAUCAGAAGAAGAGUAUGCAGAAUUGUCAGCCAAUUUCAUGUACUUCAGAUUCCGGAUUAACUUCACAAGCUGAAGAUCCUUCCACAUCCGGAGAGGAUGGAGGGAUUGGGGUUGAAUCUAGUAAUCCAGAAAGCAUGACUGAAAAUUCUACUUCAUUGCAACGACAGAGUAGCAGGAAGUCUAUUAUCAGUUCAAAGAUCAGAAAAAUGUAUAGAAAGCAGAAGUCUCUGCGUAAGAAACUCUUUCCUUGGAGUUAUGAUUGGCACAGAGAGGAGAUUUGUGCUAAUGAGAGAGUAGUAGAACCUCCUGGACCUAUCAGAAGAUGUAGAUCAGGAAUUAUUGAUCAUGCUGCAGUUUUGAGGGCAAUGUCCCAAGCACUUAAAAAUACUGAAGAGGCCUACAUGGAAAUGGUGGAAAAGACCCUCGACAGAAAUGCAGAGCUCGCUUUGAUGGGAUCUUGUGUUCUGGUGAUGUUAAUGAAGGAUCAAGAUGUAUACAUUAUGAACCUUGGGGAUAGCCGUGCAAUCCUAGCACAAGAAAGACCUAACGAUCGUUAUCCUAAUCCAAGUAUUGCAAAGGAUGACUUGAGGCAUAGGAAUAGAUCAAGAGAGUCAUUAGCACGUAUGGAGCUAGACCGAAUUUCAGAGGAGUCCCCAAUACAUAAUCAGAACAGUCAGGUGAAUAUGAUCAACAAAAAUAGAGAGAUAUCUGUUUGCAGAUUGAAGAUGAGAGCAGUACAGCUCUCCACUGACCACUGUACAAGUAUUGAACAGGAAGUGUUUAGAAUAAAAGCGGAACAUCCUGACGAUAACCAAGCCAUUUUGAAUAACCGAGUGAAGGGACAGUUGAAAGUAACCAGAGCAUUUGGUGCUGGGUUUCUGAAGAAGCCAAUCUGUAAUGAAGCUCUUCUAGAGAUUUUCCGGAUCAACUAUAUAGGAACAACUCCAUAUGUUAGCUGCAUUCCUUCUGUUCUUCAUCAUCAACUAUCUUCAGGUGAUCGAUUCUUGGUACUUUCCUCUGAUGGGCUUUACCAGUACUUCAGCAAUGAAGAGGUUGUUGCCCAUGUCACUUGGUUCAUGGAAAAUGUCCCCGAAGGUGAUCCGGCUCAGUAUUUGAUUGCAGAACUUCUCUUUCGUGCUGCCAAAAAGAACGGAAUGGAUUUUCACGAGUUACUGGACAUUCCUCACGGAGAUAGGCGGAAAUAUCACGACGAUGUAUCUGUUAUGGUUGUUUCAUUAGAAGGAAGGAUUUGGAGAUCAUCAGGAUAAUUGUUUUGACCAUGUGCAUAUUGGCUUCAUGAUUGUGUCCUAUUUCAAGCAAAGGGUAAUCAUCUAAGCCUUUCAGAUUUAGAAUCAAUCUUGACUGACAUUCUUUGGAAUAUAAAAUUUUUGUUUCUGUCAAUUCCAGUUCCUUUUUUCUUUUAAGUGGAUGGUCUUUCCAGGUUGCUUCUUAGCAUCCGAUUAUUUUUGUAUUGCCUAAUUCCAGUUCAUUCGUCGUUGUUUAGGUUCA